AUGGCUCUCCUAGAGCCUGCCCGAAAGGAGAACAAUGUCCUGGAUGACCCUCUAGAGGGAAUGCCAGAAGAGGAAGAGUCUAAGGACCCCGGUGUCUCCAGUACCUCCAACCUUAAUGAGAAAGGGGAGGGGUUAAGAAUGCAAGUAUAUUCCGUAUCCGAGAAAGAUGAGAAGGCCAACAAAGAGAAUGAAGACUCCAAGGGAGACUCAAAGGCUGAAGAAGCUAAGGCCGAUGAGUUGGAGUGGGAGAAAUUCUCAGAUGUACCACAGACCAAAGAUAAGGCUGAAGAAGAGUCUGCCGAAGUGGGCAGAGCUACUGAAGAAGCAGAAGACUCUGAAACUGAAGCCAAACCUGAGCUAAAACCUGAGGAGUCCAUUAGACACUGUCUGCUAGAUACUCGUUGUACCACAAGGAGGUUCCUACCUACAAAGUCAAAAGUGUUUAUUGCCUUGUCGAGCUUUCCCGGUGCAGGAAAUACAUGGGUGAGACAUCUUAUAGAGCAUGCCACAGGAUACUACACUGGAAGCUACUACUUUGAUGGGACCUUGUACAAUAAAGGCUUUAAAGGCGAAAAAGAUCACUGGAGGAGCGGCCGGACAAUAUGUGUAAAGACUCAUGAAAGUGGCAAGAGAGAGAUUGAAAUGUAUGAUUCCUCCAUUCUACUGAUUCGAAACCCUUACAAAGCCUUGAUGGCAGAGUUUAAUAGGAAGUGUGCGGGUCACCUAGGAUAUGCAACAGAGACGCACUGGAAAAGUAAAGAAUGGCCAGAAUUUGUUAACAGCUAUGCAUCAUGGUGGGCUUCACAUGCCCUAGAUUGGCUUCAGUAUGGAAAGAAACUUCUUGUUGUUCACUAUGAAGACUUAAAGAAAGAGCUUAUUGGAAAUCUUAAUGAAAUGGUGUCCUUUCUUGGUGUCCUAGUAAACCAGGAUCGUCUCCUUUGUGUAGAGAACAACAAAGAUGGGAAUUUUAAGCGAAUAGGAUCCAACCAGACAGUUGUGGAUCCAUUCACACAAGAAAUGAAGAACACAAUAGAUGGAUAUAUCAGGACGGUAGAUAAAGCACUUAAAGCCAGAAACUUUACAGGCUUACCAGAGGAAUAUAUGCCGAGAUGAUAUCGGGAAAACAAGCAGUCUUUUGAGUUUGUAAGACUUUAUACACUACUGACAACUGCAGAAUCUCUCCACUGUCCUAUGUGCUUCUAAGAAGCUUCAUGUUGAAAUAGAAACAAAGUAAAGAAUAGUACAGAGCUGGCUGUAAACCAAGGCUGAAGCUAUUAACAUCUUUCUAUGUCUGUUCCUCCACUGUAAUGAUGACUGGGAGAUGUACACUUGUACAAUGUGUUUUCUGGACCUGGCUCCUUUGUUGAUGUGUGCUGCCUUUUAGCAAUAUUUUUUCAGGAAUAGUUUCAAAUGUUGCAGAGCCAGAACCUGCAACUGUCAGAAUUUCCUUCUGUAAAAAAAUAAAAAAAUAAAAAUAAAGGUUGGG